AAUGGAUAGAUAUUUCUAUAAAAGAACUGAAAGUCAAUCAAAUUUUGCCUUGUAAAUGAAUAACAACUUAAGAACAAAAGAGGGCGCUGCUGAAAUAUUCUACAAAUAUUCUUUCAUUGUUUUCAUUUAAUAUCGCUCAAGAAGGCAUGUCUCGAUUUGGCGUACCAGUAGCGAAAAAGAGGAAAUUGAAAUCAAACAAGCCGAAUUUUAAGAAAAAAGAUGGUAGAUACAAAAUUGAAUCAAAAGAAAUUGGAGAAAUAGUUGAGAAAUAUUCGUCCUUUGAUGAUAAGUCUUUUGAGAGAUUUUCAGAGUUUCCACUAUCCAAAAAAACGCACAAGGCUCUCAAGGAGAACAAUUUUGUAAAACCUACAGAAAUUCAGACUGAAUCUAUUGGUAGAGCUCUACAGGGUCAUGACAUAUUGGGGGCUGCUAAAACUGGGAGUGGGAAAACUCUUGCAUUUUUAGUUCCCUUACUGGAAGUAUUGUGGAGGAAUAGGUGGUCGCCACAUGAUGGUCUAGGGGCUUUAAUUAUAUCACCAACUAGAGAGUUAGCUUACCAAACUUUCGAGGUUCUUAGAAAGGUUGGAAAGUAUCAUGAUUUCUCAGCAGGUUUAGUAAUAGGAGGUAAAAAUGUAAAGGACGAGGCUGACAGAAUAAAUCGCACGAAUAUUGUUAUAUGUACUCCUGGAAGAUUACUUCAACAUAUGGAUGAAACUUUUGCAUUUAAUGCUGAUAACCUUCUUAUGCUGGUUUUGGACGAAGCCGAUAAGAUUUUAGAUUUAGGAUUUCAAACUACUGUAAAUGCUAUUUUGGAAAAUUUACCUAAUAGACAAACCCUCCUCUUCUCCGCAACUCAAACAAAAAAUGUAAAGGACUUAGCCAGAUUAAGUUUAUCUAAACCUGUUUUGGUGUCUGUUCAUGAGCAUUCUGCUCAAUCUACACCAGUCCAGCUUCGCCAAUCUUAUGUCGUUGUUGAAUUACACGACAAAUUAACCGUAUUGUGGUCAUUUAUAAAAAGUAAUUUGAAACAAAAAAUUAUCGUCUUCUUAAGCGCCUGCAAACAAGUUCGCUUUACGUAUGAAAUGUUUCGUCGUCUACGACCUGGAACAACUGUUAUGUGUCUCCAUGGAGCAAUGCAACAGCAGAAACGAAUGAAUGUUUACUCAGAAUUUUGUGAGAAGGACAGUGCUGUACUAUUUGCUACUGAUCUGGCUAGUAGAGGUUUAGAUUUUCCUGAAAUAGCUUGGGUAGUACAAGUGGAUUGUCCGGAAGAUACUGCAACAUAUAUUCAUAGAGUAGGACGGACAGCGCGUCUGGAGGAUGAUGGAGAAGCGGUUAUUUUCCUCACUCCUUCUGAAAAAGAUGGCAUGUUGGAGGAUUUAAAACAAAAACGCAUUCCCAUCGAGGAAGUUAAAUUUAGUCAAAAGAAACUUCGUCCAAUCGAGGGGAAGGUACAAGCAUUUUGUGCUCAGGACUUAGAGUUCAAGGAAUUUGCUCAAAGAGCUUUUUCAUCUUACAUUAGAUCCGUGUAUUUAAUGAAAAAUAAGAAAAUAUUUAAAGUAGAAAAUAUUGACCUUCCGAAAUUUGCAAAAUCUCUUGGUCUUGUUGUGACCCCCAGACUUAGAUUUUUACAAAAGGGUCAGAAGAAAAGUCCCGCUAUAACAAUAGAUGAAGAAGACAUAAAUGGUGAAAAUAACGACGACGAAAGCGAUGAUUGUUUGACGAAAAAAAUAAAGUUAGCUAGUUCUGAUGAUGACGAGAGCGAUGAAGAUGUACUUAUGAUCAAGAAAAAAGCUACUGGUAAUAAAAAGAAAGAAGUUGAUGAAAAAUUAGGAAACAGUGAUUCAGAUGAAGAUUCUGAAGAUGAAUUAAAGAAAAAGAAAAUUAAAGUUAUCACAAAAUAUACUACCGCAAAGAAAAUCUUACGAAAGAAGAUUAAGCCAAAUUCUCAUGUUAUGUUCGAUAAGGAAGAUGAUACAGAAAUUAAAAUUCCAACAGAUGAGGAAAGGGACACAAAAAGUGGUAUUGAUAUUGAAGAAGCAAAAGAAUAUAUGAAGCAAGUUGAUCCAAGUGACAAGCAAUUAUAUAAGGAUAGAAUUCGCAAACAGAAAAUAGAGAAGAAGGAAAAAGAACGUCAGAGACGACUUAAACAGCAAAAGCCACAGGAGGAAGAUAAUGAUGAAAUAUCAUAUACAGGAGAAUUCAACCCUGAUGAUUUACCUGACCCUGAUGAAUGUUAUGGUAAAAAGGAAGAAUCUGAAGAUGAUAUGCAGGUUGAAGAGAGUGACUAUUCUAAUGAAUCAGAAAGUGAACGCGAUGAGGAAGACUCAAUUGGUCUUGAUGUUUCAGAUCAAGAAGAACUUGCUCUUAGUUUAUUGAGAAAUAAUUGAAUGUUAUAUUGGUAUUUUUAUAAUAUAUUAACAAGUGCUAUCAGAUGUCGACUAUAUUGUCACUCAAACUUCAUUAAGAUUAAAUAAAAGAAAUAAAAUAUAAUGUAAAUAGCUGCAUAAAUAUUACCUUAUUUUUAUAUUAAUAUUACUAAAUUCAAUACAUUCAUAUGGAAGAUU